CACACCUUCCCAUCGAAAACAAACCCAAACCUUUUCGAGCCGAUCGCCUCGAAAGAGCAAACCGCCCGUGCCUCGUAACCUAGGAACUCCGUCGAUCUGAAACCCAAGGCCGCAACAGCCAGAGCUUCGUCCUCCAAGAAGCCACGAAGGAACGAGUGUGAAUGUUCUAAUGAUGUCAAAAGCCGGCAAGAAGUCUAGUAGUAGUAAUUCCAUGUACGAAGCUCCCCUCGGUUACAAGAUUGAGGACGUUCGCCCUGCCGGAGGAAUCAAGAAGUUCCAAUCUGCUGCCUACUCCAACUGCGCCCGCAAGCCCUCCUGAUAUUCCCUUCGCAUGCCUUUCAACGUAGCAUAGGAUUCUUUACUGCAAUUUCCCUUUCCUUUUGUCCAAUAAACCUUUUGUCCAAUAAAUCUCCCUUGGCUGGCUGCUUCCUCCGCUACUUGGCUUGUCCUCUCCGAUCUCCUCUGUCCUCUAUCAUCCUCCCUUCUUCCUCGCGACACUUGAUCAGAUGGAAAUGUCUUUGGCUGACUGCUGGGCCCCUGCCCCCGCCUCCCCUAUUGGGUUUGAGGGCUACGAGAAGCGCCUCGAGAUAACUUUCUCCCACGCGCCUGUCUUUGUGGACCCGUGCGGCCGUGGCCUUCGCGCCCUCUCUCGACACCAGAUCGACUCCUUCCUCGAUCUUGCACGGUGCACCAUUGUGUCCCAGCUCUCGAACAAGCAGUUUGAUUCUUAUGUGCUCUCGGAGUCGAGCCUCUUUGUGUACUCCCACAAGGUUGUCAUCAAAACCUGUGGAACAACAAAGCUCCUGCUGUCGAUUCCCCGCAUCCUUGAGCUUGCUGCGGAGCUGUCGCUGCCACUUCUUUCAGCCAAGUAUUCCCGCGGGACGUUCAUCUUCCCCGGCGCGCAGCCGGCGCCGCACCGCAGCUUCUCGGAGGAGGUGUCCGUGCUGAACGGCUUCUUUGGUGGCCUCAAGUCAGGUGGCAAUGCAUAUGUGAUGGGUGAUGCGUUCAGGCCCAAGAAGAUGUGGCACGUCUACUACGCCACGGAGGAGCCUGAGCAGCCCAUGGUGACGCUCGAGAUGUGCAUGACUCGGCUGGACGCCAGGAAGGCCGCGGUGUUCUUCAAGAACUCUGCCGACGGCGGCUGCUCCUCGGCCAAGGAGAUGACCAAGGUCUCUGGCAUCUCUGCUAUCAUCCCCGAGAUGGAGAUCUGUGACUUCGACUUCGACCCGUGCGGGUACUCGAUGAACGGCGUCUCCGGCCCUGCAGCCUCCACCAUCCACGUCACUCCUGAGGAGGGCUUCAGCUACGCGAGCUAUGAAGCGAUGAACUUCAACCCUGGCUCCCUGGUUUACAGUGACCUGAUCAAGAGGGUGCUGUCAUGCUUCCGCCCGUCAGACUUCUCCGUCGCCGUCACCAUCUUCGGUGGCCAAGGCUUCGCCAAAUCAUGGGCGGCCGGUGCGGAGGUCUGCUCCUACCUGUGCGACGAUCUCGUCGAGCAGGAGCUUCCGGGCGGUGGCCUGCUCAUGUACCAGAGCUUCAGUGCAGUUGCCCCUGGCGCCGUGUCCCCGAGGUCGACCCUGGAUGAUGGCUGGAGCAGCGACGGGAUGGAGAUGGCCGCGCAGGGCGAGGAGGCGUGCGUCUGGGGAGUGGAGAAGAAGGUGACCGAGAAAGGUGUCGCUGCCUGAGAGAAAUCUGCGGUUCCAGAGACGUCUGAAGUCUCUGAGAUGGUGUCCUGCUAUAGUAGUUUCGGUUAAGCAGCUGGCCGGGUGAUCGGCAAAGCGUACUGUAUCCCGUGUUACUGCUUUUAUUAUUUUUCGGUUGUUAUUCCUGCCGAAUAAGUGCUCUAGAUGGUCUGCUGCGUCUGCCAUAUAGUGAGCAAAAGAGUCUAUUCUGGGGAGAAUGUACUAAAUAUUUAUGUCUGUCGCCAAUGCUCUUGUGGGGAGGACGAUAUUGUAACUUACUGCUACCUCGUUCAUAAUAUGAGAGUGUUUUUGACACUAUGUUCAAUCAAA